UGUGUUUUCUUUUUUUCCCCCCCAACAGGCCAACACAAAAUCCACGAUUCGAAAAAGGAAUUCAACUUCAAAACUGAGAGCAACAAAUACCAGGAGAGAAACAUUGAAACGGGCACUCCACCUCUACCUCCGCGGACACAGUUUCUCAUAGCAGAAGCCCAAAGCUACGAGAACCUGGCUGAGGAGAGCCAGAGCAUCCACGACUACGAGGAUGGCAACUGUGAGCAGAAUGUCAGCAACCAUGAGGAAAGCAUCCACGACUACGAGGAUGGCAACUGUGAGGAGAAUGUAAGCAACCAUGAGGAAAGCAUCCACGACUACGAGGAGAGCACAGAACCCCAGGCUGGCUACAUCAAGAUGGAGGGAGACAUCAUGUUUCCUCCUCCUCCAAUCUUCAACAGCAUGAACGGUAGUGUUUUGGAGGCACAAAGCUACGAGAACCUGGCUGAGGAGAGCCAGAGCAUCCAUGACUACGAGGAUGGCAACUGUGAGCAGAAUGUAAGCAACCACGAGGAAAGCAUCCACGACUACGAGGAGAGCACAGAACUCCAGGCUGACUACGUCAAGAUGGAGGGAGACAUAAUGUUUCCUCCUCCUCCAGUCGUCAACAGCAUGAGCGGUAGUGUUUUGGAGGCCCAAAGCUAUGAGAACCUGGCUGAGGAGAACGACUAUGUGGAGAGCGUGGACAAUCAGCCGGACUAUGUGAAGAUGGACGAGGAAGAUCAAGCAGGAGACAACACCUCCACGGAAGACUAUGAUGACAUCGGGGGUGAAGAAGAGGAUGAGGAGGACUAUGAUGAUGUGGGAUAAAACCCGACACAAUGAGAUGGAGACACUUUGGAAUUCUGCUGAGCAGAGAUUAUCCUUACUGAAGAUUUCUCUUGUCAUUUUGUAUUUUUUUAAUAACAUUCAUUAAAAAAAAAGAAAAUAAUUGAAGUACUGAAGACACUGAAAUCUGCCGAGUGGUGUUGAGACAACUGGUUUGAUCUUUAAGACGGUGAUUCUUUUUAAUAUAUCGAAAAAAUUCUGUUUUUCAUCUGAACGUUGUAAUCGUUUGUUUUUUUUUUUACUGAAUACAUUAACAAGCAGUGACUUGCACAAGAUCCCAGAUUAGGAUGAUAUCUGGGUUUGCAAACUACACAUGAAAGCAAUCAAACUAUAUUUCUUUGUCUUCUUCUGACAUUUAAGGUACAUUUAGUUUUAAACAUGAAGCUUUUGCAUAUAUCAUGUGUAGAGCAUUCCCAUGCUUUUUGAGAAGGACAGGCCAUGUUGCUGGAGGCUUUCGUUAUGCUCAGUUUGGUGAGAUUUGGUACUUUUUUAAUGAGCUGAAUCAACUAGAUCAACAGUGUAAGUAAGGUUUUUGCUGUAUGAAACACAAAAAACUAUUGGAGCUUCAAAUUUCAUCCAAACUAAACAUAAGACAUGAAAUCUGAAAGUCUGUAACUGCAAGAGCCUGAGAUGUUUUUCUUUCUUUAUGUGUUUGUUGAUUUAUUUAUACACAUGAACAUCGAUAUAAGAUUAAUAUGUAAUUUUUUUGGGUUUUUUUGCUUCUUUUCUAAACUAAAUAUCAGUGUAAAGGGGGUCUCCCCCUGUCCAGAUCCCAAACAUUAUCAGUGAGGCGUCUGACUAUCGAUCAUAUGGUGGGUUUGUUUACUUUUGUAUAUCAGUUGGUCCGUUUGAGUGGUUAACAAGUGGGGGAAUCAGCAGGCAGUGAUGACAUGUUUGCAUGGGCAGUGAUUACAGUGGUUGGUUAUACGUAUGCACUGUAUCUAUACAGUCCUGUGAAAAACUAAGGAUUGAUUUGUGAUUCAGUAGCUUAUAGAUUCCCCUUCAGCAGCAAUAACUCAGAGUAACUGUUUUGUGUAUGACUUUGUCAUGGUUGUGAAAAAACGUUGCUUCACGCCUUUUGUUUACGUACAGCAUUUCAGUCGGGGUCAGGUCUGCACUUUAAUUCUUUUCUUUUAUUCACCAUGAUGUUGUAGAUGCUUGGGAUCAUUGUUCUGCUGAGUCAGCAAAUUUGGGCCACGCUUUAACUGCUAGACAGAUCGCCUCACAUUUGACUCUAGAAUACUUUGGAAAAUACUUUGGCACACAGAGGAGUUCGUGGGAGACUGAAGGGUGUCCUGUGACUGUGAAACAAGCCCAAAUCAUCAUCCCUCCACCACCGUGCUUCACAGUUACUACAGUGUGUUGGUUUUUGCCAGAUGUACUUUUGCA